GAAACUAGAACUACAGUCACGUGCAGUAGCCGCAUGUUUAUGUGGUAAUGUUUACGUUUACACACAAUUAUACACACGAUCAAAGCCUUGCUGCAAGUACGGUACCGCCGCCACGCCGAUGCUUAGGCCGCAUGCGUUUCCUGUCUGCACUUCGCCUCCGACGAUGGAAAUCCAUCCACGUCAUAUUGCAAUUCCAAUCAGGAUUUUCAGCUCAAACUUGAUCAGAGUCUGGCUCGAACAGCCAGAGUCUGUCAAUCGAAUCGUGUAUUCCGAUUCGUAAUCAAUCAUGGUGUUGUUACUGUCGCAUCGUACUCAGUCUCAGACUUGGACUUGGUUUCUUUGCCCCUGUCUAACGUUAAUGAUUUGGCUUGGACAGGCGGACAGUGGACGUUCCGCAGCCGCUACUCCCGCGCUGCUUGUGGCAGAGGAAUACGGUCAUGAUGGCGAUGGGGUGCGAGGUGUAUCUACAGCUGCUGGGAGGCAUAUGUCUGAUGACACUGCAGCUGAAGAAAGAGCGAAUGCUAAUGUUGGAAUGCUGACUGACGAACGCCACUUAUAUGGUCAGGAUAUUGAAAUUAAUUCACAUAAAAAGGAAGCCAAAGAACACACUGUUGCCGUCACCAACGAUGGUCCUGUGCUUUUAGGCUCCAUCGCAACGUUUGUGGCGACAGUUUCUACUGAUCCCUCCAUACUGAAGGAUGCAAAUAAAAAUCGGGUCUUCGUUUGGACCGGUCCUCCCAAGUAUCUUCCACAGAUCAUGUUCAGUGCAGACACCUGUACGAUAGAAAUACCAUUAGAUAUGAGCUUGAAGCCAGGGGAGAUGACGAUAACAGUAACGGUCCAUGAAGGUGAACUUGGGCCACUGGUUGGAGUAUCAAAUUCAAGCAUAAAAGUCACUGAUACUAUAAAUGGCAAGAUCUCGUUGAGCUCCAGUGCCUACCCACAAUGCAAUGUGAGCAAUCCUUCCUGUAGUAUACCUACGAAGACAAACUUGACCAUAGAAGCUGAUCUCUAUGACCCUAGUUACUUCUUGGAGGAUGCCCUCCUUUUCUACAAAUGGAACAUGGGAAAUGGGGUGACCAUGAGAACAACAUCACAGCCUGAAUUAGUCUACAGUUUUCCUUCAAAGGGAGACUAUAACAUCACAGCUAAUAUCACAGCUCUCAAGGAUAAGGGAGGGGAGUUGAGAAGGAUAAAUGGUUCCUGGUGGAGAACCAUCAAAGUAUUAGACGCUAUUACAAAUUUAACUAUCGCAAGUCGCUCGUCAUCCGUCCAAGUUGGCAACAGGGAGUCCGUCAAUAUAACCUGCAAUGGAAGUCUACCCGUCGAGCUAUGUUUGACCGUUGAUGAACCGUCCAGUGAAUGGUCAAACCAGACCAACACCACGUGUGAGAUGGUGGUCGGUGACGUGUGUCGGACCACUUUCACUUACAUCUUCCAUUCUUUAGGAGAGUACACAUUCCAGGCAGCAGCCACGAAUAACGUCAGUUUUGCAGUCAAUGUGUCUACGAUACACGCCCAUGCUCCGGCACUCCCGCCGCAAUCACUGACUGCCAUAACAGUAGCCGUCAUUGCCGGGCUUUGCAUGACGAGCUUCGCCCUUAUUUCCUUCAUCCAACACGUGCGCAGGAGCAGGGAACGGCACGUCGAGGUUGCCAACUUUGACUUCCAGUUCAGGGAGCACACCAAUUCGUUUGUAAGGACACGAAAGGGUCUCUUGACCUGGACGCGAUCUCCCAGUGAAAACAGCUCUUUGAAGACAAAGUCAAGAUACAACUUUUAUUCCUGAUGAGCGAUGUGGAAACCACUGAAAUAAAAAUACUUAGUAUUGUUGAAUAAUGAUUAAUGAUAAUAUUCAGCUUUCACAUAGCGCUUUACAUUGGAACAGUGUCUCUUAGCGCUUCAUAGAUGUACUAUUACUCCGGUCGUUGGAGAUGGCUUGCCCAUCUACAGUGUGUGCAUUAAUUUCUCCACUCCAUGGGGAGCAUUCCAACAAGAGUUUUCGAACUCAGUUGCCAGGCAUACUACGUAGGCUUUCACAUCCUACAAGGUACCCAUUUAACACCUGGGUGGAGAGUGGCAAAGCAAGGACUAAUGCCUUUGCCAAAAGAUCCAAGAGAUGUCCACGCUCCAAAUUAGCUGGCUUUGUACAAAGAAAAGUUCUAGGAAGGCCAAUUCAGAUCCAACUGCUUGAAAGAAAGACACUUGUCAUCGUAAGCUUGGUUUUGUGAGAAAAGCUCUCAGAAGGUCGAAUCCAGGUCAGAUAUUGGAUGCCCAUAAAUGGAUAGUUUAAUUUUGAUAACUAUACUAUGCAACAUUUAUGAACAUGUAGCGUAAUAAUAAAAUGGUUCUAUUAGCUAUGUGGACACUAUACAGGGAUGCCAGUUUUCAGGCAAUAGCCUCAAUUCAGGCUCUGGCAAUUCAUUUUCAGGCCAUAGUUUUAGCAUUUUUGUGUACAAAAUAUUGUAUCCUAGGUGAUUUUAAGGCCCUCUGAGCAAUUCCAACUGACAUCCCUAACUAUCACCCUGGCUUUAGCGAAGCAACUCUGAUCAAGAACUCAGAGCAUUCAAGGGAUUUCUUCCUACCUGGAUCCCAUUUACUACACAGAGGUGGAGAGUGUCAAAUGUAGAUAAACACCUUCCCGAAGGACGCGAGUGCUGGGUGGGAUUUGAACCUCGGAUCUUGCAGAUCAAAGGCCAGAGACUGGUUUCUGAGAGCAAGGGGAAAUUUGGUAUGGAAACGAGUCAAAUCCUUGAAUGAUUAAUUGUCAGUAGACUUGCAUUGCUAUGACGGAGGACAUGUCUGUCGAACAUCAACAAAAAUACAGUUGAGGCCAAAUGUUUACAUACACCCAUGGAAUUCAGUGAAAUUUGUUCACUUGCCCAAAAUCGUAAAAUUUACUAAGUCUUCAUAUAUAUGAAUACUACGAUUACAAAGUUGGUAUCAAAUGAAAGAGCGAAUUAAGCUUUUUUACAUGACUGGGAGGCCGUUGGGAUUUUAGUGUAUUUCAGGUGGAAUUUUCUUUUU